UCGCCUUGCACUGAGGAAGAUCUCGAGUUUGCUGUGAGAUAACGCGGCGCGCACGCACGCGAUGUCAGCUCGGUCUGUGUUUGGGGACGCGCCGUUCGCGUCAAGCGCGAAGAAGUUUAUAGAGGAUUUCAAGCGUGAUACGCACCCCAAUAAAGUUAAUCUUGCAGGGAGGGAGUAUUUAGGAGAGCACGGACAAACCACAUGGCUUCCUCUGAUACGAAAAAUUAUGCAGCAGAUCGCUACAGACCCCACUCUUAUCCCAGAGUACACACCUGUCCUCGGUAUCCCAGAAUUCAGCAGGAGGGCAACAGAACUUGCAUUGGGAACAGACAGCCCAGCUAUACUGCAAAGCAGGGUGUUCGGUGUCCAAACAGUAGGAUGUACUGGGGCAGUUCGUCUGGGUGCUGAGUUGCUGAGAACCUGCUUCUGCUCCGGCUCUUCCUGGAGUGGAUCCGUCUUCCUCUCCUCUCCUUGUGAUGAAUCACUGGCAGACAUCUUUAAGGCUACAGGAUUCGAGGAUGUUAGAUACUACCGGUACUGGGAUGCUGAAUCCAGCGGGGUGUGCGUGGAUGGCAUGCUGCAUGAUUUGGAAAAUGCUCCAGAUCACAGUGUAGUGGUCUUGUUUGCUUCUGGGCACAGUCCCACUGGCGCUGACCUCUCUCAGGAGGAGUGGAAACGUGUAGCUGAGGUCACGAUGAAGCGUCAGUUGUUUCCAUUUAUCCUGAUUCCUGCUCAAGGAUUGUGCAGUGGCUCUUUAGAGCAGGAUGCCUGGGCCGUUCGGCACUUCGUGUCUUUGGGACUGGAAGUGCUCUGCGCUCAGUCUUUUUCCCACAACUUUGGCCUCUAUGGUGAAAGAGUUGGGCAUCUUCUUUGCGUGCUAAGGCAGAACCUGUUGGCUGUACAAUCUCAAGCUGAAAGACUUGUUCAGACACUUUGGUCCUGCCCUUCAAUGGACGGGGCGAGAGUGGUGGCCACUGUGCUGAGCAACCCUGCCCAUCUAGCCGAGUGGCAAGAUGGUUUGAAGGCCAUGGCUGUUCGCUGCAUGCUAAUCCGUGAAUGGCUGCGUGAAAGACUGCGUCUUUUGGCUAGUCCAGGGUGCUGGGAAAACAUAAUAAAACCUGGAGGGCUUUACUGCUGCAUUGGACUCAAUGCUCAACAGGUUGAGUUUUUGGCUCAGAGAAAACACAUCUACUUGUUACCCAAUGGCUGUCUGAAUGUUAGUGCCAUUAACAGCCGAAACCUCGACUAUGUGACGGAAUCCAUCCAUCAAGCUUUGACUUCUCAACUCUGACCCUGUGUGGAGAUCUUACAAACAUCUUUCCAUAUGCAAUUUGUUUUUCACCUGUUAUUCAGUGAUGAUGUUUUGAUAUUUUGAAUGUACAGCUAUACGCAAAUCAAUAGAAUUUGAAUGUGAGAUUCAUGUAGACAUCUGUUCUCGUUCACACGUCAAGGUGGCUCCAACUAAAGGCGAUGGCUUUAAAUUAACGAAUGGUUCGAUGCAGUGACCUUCACCGUCACUGGAUCUUUUUGUUAUUUUUGUCCUUGAAGAAUAAACUGCAGAAAGCUAAUAUUGGCUUUGGUCUUUACAUUUCUUAGUGAACAAUCUCAUGCCUUAUACAAAGGUUUAGGAAGGUUUUGGAAGGUUAAAGUCUGUGAAUUUUGAAAAAUUGUUUUUGUCAUUUUCAGUUUGACAAAUGACAGGUGUGAUCUCUUAUUGAGGGUAUAAUUUAUGCAGUUUGGAAUGCGCUGCCAGUUUGUUAAUGGAAAAACUGGCAGGAGCUACUAAUUGGUAGAGUAUGAAGGAUAAUUCCUAUAACGAUCAGCGCCCUCUGUUGGUCAAAACAAAUACAACACACAAAAUAUGGAGCUGUGUUUUUUGCUCUUCACCCCACAAUUAAAAUUCUGUAAUUUCUUACCCUCAAGUUGUUCCAACGCUGUAUACAUUUAUUUGUUCUGCUGAACAAAAAAGAUAUUUUGAAGAAUGUGGGAAUCUAAACAGAACUAUUUGCUUACAAACAUCCUUCCAAAUAUCUUUCUUUGUGUUCAGCAAAAUAACAAAAUUUACACAGGUUUGGAACACCUUGAGGGUGAGUAAAUGAUGACCAAUCAUGAAAAUUACUAUUAAGUGAUGCAUAAAAGUUAAAUGGUCUGUUUCAUAUUUUUCUUCUCUUAAUAUAUUAUAAAAAAUUCCCUUUGCCAGACAAUCCUUCUAAGCAGAGACAAAUCACAAAUAGUUUCAAUAGUAUUUAUUGUUCCUCUUCCUUCAAAUUGCAGUCUGUUCUGUUAAAACAUAUGAGUCAUAACCCUUUCACUGAUGAUCAUUAAAACCAAAUCUACUCAGAGUGCUUUUAGAAAAUAAACACUAAAACUAUUUUUAAACAAAAUAAAACAAAUUGACCAAAAAGUAUUCUCAAACGAUACUUCAAUUACAAUCAACAUAUGUUCAACAUGUUUUAUUUAAAUCAAAAUGAUAACAAGGUUAGCUGAAAAUAACCAGUCUUUACUUGUCACUAUUUUCAACCCAGCAUUGAGUUAAAAAGGGACAAACCUAACGUUAUACUUUACCUUAACCAAUAUAUAAACACAGAGGAUGCCUAACCAACGAACCAGUGAAUCCUCAGACCUCCUUUCCUCUAUUCGUAUUCUUGACUGCUUCCCCCGCAUAAGGCGUGGGAAAUGUCCUAUUGGGCAAUUCAACUGUGCUGAAAUAGUGGGAUUAUAACAAUUAGUCAUAUUAAGCGAAUCUGAAUAAUCUGGUUAAAACCAGUGACUGCUGUGAAAGGGCAGUUUACAACCAGGCAAAGACCUGGUGACAGCCUGGAGAGACUGCUGGCAGGAGGGAAUAGACCCCACUGGGGCAGACAUGGGCUAGCUACCCAUGUCGGCAGGAACCAUUACCAUAAACGUAAUGGGUCUGCGAGAGUGGGGGCGCAAGAUGACUCAUCGGUGGAUCACAUGGCAACAGACCUCGGGAUGGAAAUGACAAAUAACCAAGAGAUCAGCACAGCAGAAGUUGGAACAACAGGACAGAAACUACGGAGAUGCAUUUGUGGCUGGACAAAGGAAACAUCAGAGAAAGGUCUUAAAUUCCAUCAGGGCAGGAAGAAGGGCCUGAGAAAGCUUAGUGAGGGGCCUCGCAUUGACCAACACUUCACAAGAGGUAGGGCAAAUCAGUCGGGUGAAGCCCAGUGGCAGGACAAGCACCACAGCCAACAGGGUAUCAGAACCCCAGACGAAGCCCAACCAGGCAUAAACUUACCAGCAAUCAGCAACCCGGAGACUACCCAGCCGCGGCAAGCAGUAGAAAGGAAAAUGGAUGUAAGAAGACCUCAGAUACUUUGGCCUCAAUCCUGCAAAAAAGAAUGGGCAACCAUUCCAGCUUUUAGCAAGCCAAAAAGAAGAUGUUGAAAGAAAACUGGAGAAGAUGGGAGGAAUCAUCUACACCUAUGGGGUCGAGAGAUUUGGAGUGAAAAGCAAGAACCCAAGGUCACAGAAGGAGACAACGGGCUGACCUAAGUCCGAGAGACAAAAAUAAAUCAACAGACUUAUCAGAGAAAGGAGGAACCUGAGGAAACAGUGGAAGAAGGCCACAGAAGAGGAAAGGAAGGGCCUAGAGGCACUACAAGAGCAGAGAGCUUGAGAAAGCAAUGUAAGAAGAAGGAGCGAACCAGGACCGCAUUCUACAAAGAUCCUUACAAGUUCGUCAGUAGCAUCUUUAGCAAGGAGAAAACUGGGACCCUUAAAGUACCUAUAACAGAUUUUGAGGAACACCUACGGAAAAUGUAUUCCGAUAAUCAGAGGCAUGAGCCAAUCUCCAUUCCAGAGGACAUGCCACCAAUUCAGCUACCAGAACACUAGAUGGAUACAAGGCCUCCCAAAUGGAGCGAAGUUGAGUGUGCAGUAAAACGGCAAGAUCAGCUUCAACUCCUGGACCCAACGGUAUACCAUACAGGCUCUACAAGAAAGCCCCUGGGGUGUUGAUGUACCUUUGGAGAUCAAUGGCUGUGGCAUGGAAAAAGCAGGUGAUACCAAAGGUCUGGAGAAGGGCAGGAGGCAUACUGAUCCCCAAUGAGAAAAACACCUCAACUAUUGACCAGUUUUGCCAAAUUAGCCUAUUGAAUGUGGAAGGUAAGAUUUUCUUCAGCGUUGUGGCCAAUAGACUCUCAGGAUUUCUGAAGAGAAACAACUUCAUUGACACUUCAGUGCAGAAGGCAGGCAUAGGGGGUUUCUCUGGAUGUUUGGAACAUGCGAACAUCAUCUGGCACCAGUUGCAAAUGACAAAAAAGGAGAAGAAAGACCUGCAUGUGGUUUUUAUAGAUCUUGCCAAUGCCUUUGGAGCAGUGCCACGUGAGCUGCUGUGGACAGCCUUUAACAUCUUCCAUGUUCCAGAUCAGGUAACAAAGCUGAUUAAGGCAUAUUUUCAGGAUCUCCAAUCUUGUAUUAUCACACAGGAUAGUACCACCACGUGGCAACAGCUGGAGGUUGGCAUAAUGGCAGGUUGCACAAUUUCACCACUGGCUUUUACAAUGGCAAUGGAAAUAAUAAUCCGGGCAUCGCAUUGGGUGGUUGGAGGAGAGCGUUUGAAAAAUGGGUUGCGCCUACCUCCAAUCAGGGCAUACAUGGAUUACAUGACAACCAUCACAACAACCAAAGCAUGUAACAACCAAAACGGCUGCUGGAUAAGCUCCAGGAGAACAAUAGUUGGGCACAAAUGGAGGUCAAAUCAAGUAAAUCCCUCAGCAUUUCUAUUGUCAAAGGCAGGCUUACCAAUGACAGGUUCUGUAUAAAGGGUGAGCCCAUACCAACGGUCACGGAAAAGCCCAUCAAAAGCCUUGGAUGGUGGUACACCACAGACCUUAAAGAUGCCGAACAGGUGGAACAACUCAGGCAAGAGACAGCCAGUGGACUCAAGAAAAUCAAUAAUGCAGCUCUUCCUGGGAAGCUGAAACUCCGGUGCUUCCAAUUUGGCUUGUUGCCACGCCUGAUGUGGCCAAUUUCAAUGUAUGAGCUCACGGUGUCUCACGCCAACAACCUGGAGAGAUUGGUGAGUACACAAGUGAGGAAAUGGCUUGGGCUACCAAGAUGCCUUAGCAACAUAGGGCUAUAUGGGAAUGGAGCUCUCUCUCUUCCCAUUUCAAGCCUUGUGGAGGGAUAUAAAUGCACCAAAACAAGGUUAGAGAUGACGCUCAAAGAAUCCUGUGAUCCCUGUGUAAGAGAUGCUUCUCCAAGAGUAGCGACAGGAAGGAAAUGGAACCCAACAACAGCGGUAGGAGAUGCAAAGACAGCCCUCAGACAUAAGGACAUCGUGGGACAAGUGCAACAUGGCAGAGGGGGACUUGGUUUGGCAUCAACCACACCCACGUGGCGAAAAGCGACACCAAAGGAACAGCAUCACCUGGUAGUGGAGGAGGUUUUGCAUCAAGAGUAAGCAAGUAGAUGUGCCAGAGCAGUCUCUCAAGCCCAGCAAGGCCAUUUGAUGAGGUGGGAAGGCAUUGAACGGCGCAAAAUCACUUGGAGUGAGCUGUAGAGUAUGGAAACAAACAGGCUAAGUUUUAUCAUAAGAGCUACAUAUGAUGUGCUGCCCUCACCAACAAAUCUGCAUGUUUGAUGUGGACAGGAUCCAGCCUGCCACCUAUGUGCAGCUCCAGAAAACCUCAAACAUGUUCUUGUGGGUUGUAAGACGAACUUGACACGGGGGAGAUACACAUGGCACCACAAUCAAGUACUAAAGUGCUUGGCUGCAUCAGUAGAGACCAAGAGAGUGGCAGCAAAUACUAUCCCCCAAAACACCAAGGCUAACUCGCUAAAAAGGCAACCCUUUAUUCGGGAGGGACAGAAACCGCGGGCCAAGCCCUUAACCCUAGAUUCAGGACUGCUGAGUACAGCCAGGGAUUGGGAAAUGCGAGUUGAUUUAAACCACAGAUUUACUUUCCCCUUGGAAAUCGCAGCGACCAACCUGCGGCCGGACAUGGUUCUGUGGUCCAGCUCCUGUAGGACAGUCCUCAUAGUUGAGAUGACUGUACCUUGGGAAGAGGCCAUUAAUGAAGCAUUUGAAAGAAAGAAUCUCCGGUAUGCCAACUUCUUAUUUUUUAAGACUUUGAAAGUGUCUGUGUGAUAAAUAGAAUAGAGAAAUGGAAUAAAUGGAGAUUGAUGCUUGCACCAUAAGUCUUUACGACUUUUUCAUCCUUUUUAGGCAUCCUUUGUUUAAAGCACCAGGGACACAUGAAUGCUUUUUGAUGUAAGAACUGUAUUUUGGUUUUCCCCCACACAUACAAAUACAAAGAAAGGAAAUUCAAUUUGAAAUACAGCUUGCCACACUUUACUUUUAGAAUUGGAUAUAUUUUUGAGUGAAAAUGAAAAGAAAAAAGUUGAAAGUGAUUUUAAUCAGCUGAAAAGGAAAGCCAUUUCAAAGGCAGAACAUGCAAUAAAAUACAGGGAUGUGCACCGCAUACAAAAACAUGCAAGCAGGCCUUCAAUUUAAACAGCAAGGUUACUGCCCUAUAAAGAAAUAUGCCCACAAAUAUAGAUUCAGUGAUUCAGUCAAGUGACCCUGGACUUUUAAAUGGUAGCAUGAUGAGUAUGUGAUUUCUAGAUAAUCUGUAUUGAUGACACAGUAUAUAAAAUACACCGAUUACAGUGACCAUUAUACACUUAAUAUGCUGUUCCCUAAACAACACAGAAACCCAAGGUGUCACGACUCUGCCUUAUCUUGUCAUGGUUUUCUUGGUCUUGUGGCAGAGUCGUGACAAAGCCUUAUGUUUUGUGUGAGAAAGCCAUGGGGUGUUUAUCUUUUGACAUUCCAUGUGCUUUCUCGUGUCCUGUCAUUGGCCCCUCCCCUCUCGUUUCCUGUAUUGCCUCCCUCCCUGUCUUAUGUUUUUCACCUGCCCCUCGUUAUCUUCCUUUGUUUGUCACCCUUUAUAAUGCCCUCAUGUUUCAUUGUAUUGUUGUUUGUGCUUUACGUUCAGUGUACCCCUGUUCUUGUUUGCCUCCCAUGCUUGCUGUUAUUGGCUGUUCCUGUUGUUGCUGUUUCGUGGGUCUAGUAAGUGUCCAGUUUAGUUUAUGUCUAGUGUUGUUAUCUCAGUUUAGUGUUAGUUAGUCUUCGUCCUGUUUAUUAUCCUGCUAUUCUGUUAUACCCCAUCGUGGGUCUUUGUUUUGUGUUUCUUUGUUUAAAUAAAAUCUGUCUUGUUAACCUCUGCAACCCCGCCUGCCUGCAAUUGGCUCCUUCCACGCUAUUCGUGACAAGGAGCUUUCACAUUUUAAAAGUUGGGCACUUUUAUCAAAUAUACAUGUUUAUAGUAAAUUACUUUGUUGAAAAGAUAUGAUGAAUAAUUAAUUUAUUUGAGUCAGAAAACCAACAUUGUUUGCCCUAAUCUACACACUAAUGUAAACACUGGUCCAGAAGCACUUUCGGUUUUAUUUAUUUUUGUAAUUUUACAAAUAUAAUUACACUUUGAAGAUAUUUGUUUAACAUUUUGAUUUGUUUGUAAAUUUUCUGUUGAUUGGAUUUUGUUCAAAUGUUUGUGCAGUGUAAAAACACUGAAACGGGACAUUCUUCUGGAACAGCAUUGGGCCAGCGUUGCUUACAUUUUCCGAAGUGGUCUAUAAAGACUGCAUGCGGUGCACAUUCAUAGAUAUACAUUGUUUUUUAUUUUUGGAAAUAUUUUCUCAAAUGCUUAAAUAUUUUAACUAAAAAAAUAUGUGAAGUUUUUUUACAUUAAUUGGAGUCAAUUUAAACAUUCCCAGUCAUCUCAGAAUUAUAUAUAUAUUUUUCUGACUUACUAAUUAAUUAAUUAAUAUUCCCUCUGAUUUGUAGGCUCAUGCCACAUUCAACUAACAAUUAGACAUUUUACAAAACCAUACCAGAACGAAUUUAAUCAAAUUUUGCCACCUGUCCAGUACUGGCUGUUUAACCCUAAACCGUUUAAAAUGAAAUGCCUAUAAAUAUUAAUAAAAUCAAUGACCCAUAUAUUGUCUUUCUGUUUUCUUUCUCUCCCCCUUUACUUCCGAAAAAAUUAUACAUGAUUUAUAUAUGAUUCUGAAUGACACAUGUGAGUCAAUAAUACAUGUGGAUCUCUCUCUUUCUCUCUGUUCCCUCUGCAGUAAUUAGAGUUGUGCCAGCAGUAAUAGUGCAGCGUAUACGAUAAUGCAGGCUGAGAGGGGGAUGUAAUCUGCUCUUCUGCUUUUAUUUCGCAGGCUCUCAAUGACUCAGUGAACAAUGAAGGAAAUUAAUGACUGUCAUAGUGUGAAUCCAAUGAUGUGUCCCUGCUCAACCCUUCACCUCCAUGUUCACAAAAACACAGGCAAGAACGCUUUUAAUUCACCUAUUAGCCAGUAUAUCUGUCUACUGCAGCAGACCAUCAUAUUUCUCUAUACCAACUACUGUAGAUCAGAUGCAGAACAACGUGUCAGCUAAAAACCAGGCUGAACGAAAAACACAUUCGAGUCAAUUUCUAGCCAAAACCAAUUUUGUGGACAGCAGGUACUAAAAAACACAAAGUGCUGUAUUAUGGAAGAUGAUAUACGACCUUUCACUGUCAAUUUUAACCUGCCUAUAGUACAUGAGCUUAGGUACUAAUCACUUCAAAUUAACAUUGAUGCCAGACAGCCUGAUCUCUGGAGAAACCAUCUUUGGAAGCGCCUGGAAGAGCCGAUUGCAGUAUCUGUACAUAUAAUCUAUGGUCCGAACUGCUGCAAAUGAGUGGAGGCGGGGACUAAUUUACAUAUUAAUUAUUUGGCGUAUACUAAAUGAGGUAAGGGUGUAGAGUUAAGUCAUUUUAAGGCACGAAGAAAUUUUUGUUAGAGGAAAAAAACUUUACAUAUGCUAUAUUACAUAUGCUAUACUGUAAGUAAUAUAGUGAGCACAACGAAUGCAAUAAUUGAUCAGAAUCAAUUAUUUUAAGUAGUUUUGUUGUAAUUCAUGUGAUUAUAAUAUAGUGCAUUUAAUAUUGUACUAUUAUUGUCAUGUACCAGUGUGCCAUGCAGCCAAACGGACAUUGAGUUAUUACUUGCAGUCCCCAAAACACCAGAAAAGUUCAAUAAAAUUGCAUCCUCCCCAUUUGCCUAUCAAUUUUCCUUCUCUGCAUCAAGUUUCUGUCACGAUCCUGCUCUCCGGUUCAGGUUUUCUAGUACUGUGUCAGGAUCGUGGCAGUACCCACGUGUUCAGUGUGGAGAGAGGCAUGGCGUUUUUUGUUUUGGCGUGCCAUGUGCUCUCGCCGGUCUCGUCUGUGUCCCCGCCCUCUCGUUUCCUCAUGAUUAAUUAUGUAAUGAUUUAACGCCCGCACCUGUUCCCCUCUUGAUUUGUUUCCCUAAUGCCCCUGUGUUUUCUGUGCCUCUUCGUUUUGAUCCUAAACCUUGUCAAGUUGUUGCAUAUUGUUUCUGCUCUGUGAGUCUUGUUCCUGCUUCGUGAGACACAAUCCAGUCUAGUCAGCGUAGUAUAUGUCAAGUGUUGUUUUAGUCUAGUCUAGUUAGUUUAUUGUUCCUGUUCAGUCCGUGUGUUAUAUUCCACUGUUGUUGUUGUUUUACCCCCUCGUGGGUUUUUGCUUUGUUUUUGUUAUUAAAGUCUAUGUUUAUUUGAUCUUGUCUGCAUUUGUGUUCUCUGUUCCGCACACCGACAUGACAGUUUCUAAUAGCAGUCACCAGUUGCUUUCCAACUCGCAUCCGAAUAAGCAACGGUUAUUUUGUAAUUGGAACAGAACAUUGGAGGACAUCAGGUGCCUUGAUUGUGAAGCAUGCGCUGUUAUAGCCAUAGCAUUUAGAAGUAGCUGAGACUCUGCUUGAAAUACUUGAAGGUAUUGGAAAGACAGCCCACACACAGCUAGUUCUUUGUUGGCUUUGAAAGUGAAACCAGGAGGUAAAUUGUUGGGUAUUGAUUUUUUUGAACAAGUAAUCUUUCUAGGCACAGUUUUGAUUGAGGUGGUCUGAAAGAUUCAAGUACAAAGUGCAAGUAAACAAUAGCCAAUGGGACCUAGUGAGUCAAAACCUACUGGGGAAAGCCCAGAAAUUAGACAGCAGAAUACUUAAAACUUCAUAAACAACACACAACUCUUGCUCCAAAAGUUUCAUCUGAACAAAAAGAGUGUGUAACCAAGUUUAUGAGCUACUUUCCAACUAAUGGAUAGCUUGCGUUAUGUAUUGUUUUACCGGCAACAACAUAAACAAACGUUAUGUGGCCCAAACUUAA